AUGUGAGUCACCAUGUCCUGGUCCUUGGUGCUGAAGAGUCUCCUUGCUGUCUGCAUCUUCACCCACUUGUCUGUCAGCUGUGUGGGUGAGAGUGACAAGGAUGGGAAGUGGGAGCUGGGCAAGAGUUACAGAUGUGAAAACAAAGAAUGCCUUAACGGGAGAUGCUUGUCUAAUCCAAGGACCUGUGAAUCCUCUAAAGGCUGCUUCUACCGAGAGCAGGAUUUUAAAGCACCAUGUAAGCUGAUCUACCUAAGACUCCAUGAGAGAGGCUGUUCUAAAGACGAGUGUACUGAGCUAGCGUUCUCAGCAACCCUGGGGGGCAAUCGGACGUUUACAUAUGACUUCCAAUGCUGCUACACUGAGCAGUGCAACAAAGAGCCCAAAGAGGUGCCUCGGCCAUCUCUCCAACCCAAUGGUGUUGAAUGCCCUGCCUGCUUCAGCGACAAUGGCACAUGUAACCAGGUUUCCCUGAAGUGCACCGGAGUAGAGACGAAGUGUGUGGAGGUUACUGGAAGAGAAGUGACUGAGAACCUUCUCCCACGUGUGAUACACGGAAUGGGCUGCGCGACAAAAUCUGCCUGCAACUUGAAGAAUAUAACCAUCGGGAUAAACAUAAAGAUCGAUACCUUCUGCUCCAAAGGGAGCCCUCCUCUCAGGUCCAUCUCGUCUGUGCUGGCUGGUCUUUUCCUAUUGAAAGCCUUGCUUUGA